AAUGAUCCUUCCGCAGGUUCACCUACGGAAACCUUGUUACGACUUUUACUUCCUCUAAAUAAUCUAGUUUGCCAUAGUUUUCGGCAUGGCCAAAGAAGCCCUAAGAGAUCCUAAAGUCAUAAAUCUCAUCACUGAAUCCCUGGUAAAAACAACAGACGAUUAUUUCAUUGGAAACUGCGAAAGGAAAGACGGUACACGCUCCGACAUGGUUCUUGAGCCGAAGAACGCUCUCUCAGAUCUUCCUCCUCUAAUCGUGGAGAUUCAGCAUACAUUUAACAAAGCAUUCAUGAAAAGAGCUGUUAGCUACUGCUUACAAGCGUUUGCAAUAUGCCAUAAAGAUCCUAUAAUAUUGAUAAUUUGCGUAGAGGAGCUUAAUCAAGAUAAUGUACAUGUGAAACUAAGCAAGCUCCCAGGUGUCUUCUCAUACUUUUCAGAACCAUGGGCCGAACACUGCUAUAUUAUUUCUAAAGAAAGUACCAAAGAUAAUCUGUCGAACCCCUUGGACCCAUUAGUUGCACUUGGUUCUCUUUUUACAAACCGUAGUCUCUCAUUAGCAGAUCAUCCAUUCAAAAAUGAUCCAACGGUUCAAUAUUUAUACACCUCAGCAAUAUUGCAACAUCAAAUUAGCGUCAUUAACAAAGAUAUUCCGCUUUCAUUUAUGGAUUUUCAACUUAUGGAGUAUGAUAAAUUAUUGACACUCGCACAUUCACUUGGUCAACCACAGUUGGGAGAAGCCGUAAACGAUGCAAAGACAAGAACUCUGACGAUGAAAAGGGGAUAUGAAGAACUAUUUAUUACUGAAUCUUCAUUAAAUAAAAAAAAAACGAGUGGCCCACCACCAACAACAUCCACACCCAUCAUUGCAGCUGACAGGAACGAUAGCAAGUUUGAAAAAGCCAUGAAAUUUGUCGCUGAAUUUAAACAAAAGAAAGAGGAGAAAGAGAAAACAAUGGAUUGGGUCGCUUGUUUGAAAGAAGGAAAGGGCUUGAAUAUAUUAAAUUAUAAAAAUUCUGAAUCAUUACGCCAACAAUUCAUCAAGUAUACCAAAAGAAAGUCAAAGCAAACAAAUUCUGAUAAUUCAAAUUAAAUAAACAACUUUAAUAUUGAACACCUAUUUUUAUCAAAUUAUCUUUCUGUUCAUUUCCGUAUUUUUUGAAACCCUGUUGAAUACAGAUCUUAGGGCCAAUGUGCUAGUAAUUGAUAAAGGAAUCAUGGAUCAGAUAUUUGACAUUUAAAUGUUAACUGUUUUAUUUAAAAGCGCGACACUUUAAUUUUUUUUCGUGCGACAUCAUUUUGGCAAAAGGUGUAAAAUUAAGC